UAUACCAUGCUUUAGUUAUAAACUUCCGUGUACUAUACUACGUAUAUUCGAUGUUUGAAGAUUAAAGCCCGUGGUCAUUUGUAAUACUAACCAUUCGAAAUUAAGGCUAGAAUUCGAUGUUUGAAGAUUAAAGCCCGUGAUGGCGUCGUUUCGUCGCAGCGGCAUGUAGAACGUAGCAAGUUUGCUUUAUGUUUUUCGUGUUAUAUUCUUAUAUGGAACUACAAAAACCGCAAUAAUGGAAAGGUUUACGAUAUCGAAGUUUGAAAAGCAGACUAUUUAUGAAAUAUACCGGGCUUGUCGGCUAUGCGGCGCCGGCGGAGGCUACCGAAUGCCUAUCAUCCAAAAUAUAAUCGAUGUAGACAGUCCUGAGCUAGAAUUAAGACAGAAAAUACAAGAAUGCCUACAAUUAGAGGUGCGUCCAGACGACAGAAUGCCUCCUCUCAUAUGUGAGCUGUGUGUCGACAAGGUUAACGAGUUCCACCAGUUCUUGGAGCUGACUCGUCAGACCAACAUCAAGACGAGGACCCGGCUCGGGCUUCCCAUACAGGAUACUAAGAAAGGAGAACCUGAACAAAGUAACUGUAUCCUGGGUGUCACGGAGCCGGUUUAUACUAAGGAAAAUGAGCCAGCAAAGAAGAGUAAAGCCGGUCCCAAGAGUUCUAAGAUUAAGAAGGAGCCAGAUGUUGUUAAUGUUAAGGCAGAGAAUGUGUCUGACUCGUCCCGCUCGUCUAGCGUGUCGAGUCGCUCCUCCCGCCCCGCGCCCUCCCCCGCGCCCGCUACCGCUACCGCGCCCGCGCCUCGCUCGCGCCGCUCCCUACGAGACGAUACUAUAGUUCCACCCGUUACACGGAAGCCGGAGACAACUAACGCUAGGGAAGCUAAGAAGGCGGACACACCUAAGAGUAAAGAGGGUAAAAAGGAAACUCCUAAGAGUAAGGAGAUUAAGAAGAAUGAGACUCCUAAAGACGCACAGACACCGAAAGAAAAGAAAGCUCCGCCAGCGAAGAAAAAGGGAGAAUUGGAAUCUUUACUAGAGGACAGUAUGAAAUUCGAUGACAACUCUUUGCUCUUGCCCCGAACAUUGAAGAGGACGAGAGAGGAGCCCCCUAAGCCUGCGCUGCUGCCCAAGAGAGCCAAGCCUAUACCAACCAAAGAGCUGCUAAAGGACCCAUCACCGCCCCGCAGGCCCGGACCCAAAUCAAGACAGCCGGUUAAAGAGCCCACUCCGCCUCCAAGACCUGGACCCAAGUCGAAGAAAGCUAGAGUUGUAGAGGAGAAUAUACCGGUACCGCUUAAGGUGCCUAAGUCUAAGGCUAAGCCGGAGUCAAUCAAGGCUAAAGAACCGUCGAAACCCCCUGAAGAGCCGUUACCGGCCCCCCCUUCAUACAAGUGCAUAGUAUGUGAAAAUCAAUGCAAGAACUCCGGUGCCUUCGCCAGGCAUAUGACUGUCCACGUGCCUACAUUUACUAAACUUACAAACGCCUGCAAUCCUUGUGGCCAGUGGUUUGUGACGGCAGAAGAGGCGGCGAGCCACCAUCGUUUCCAUUCCGCGUCCACUUUCCCGUACCACUGCCGCCGCUGCUUCGACGACUUCCGCACGCUGCGGCUUUACGACGAGCACAUAGAAUCCGGCCUUUGCGUGGGAGAUGAUCCGCCCAGCGUGAAGUGUGAGGACUGCCUCGCUCUGUUCGCGACGGAAGCGCUGCGUACAGGACACAAGUGUCCCGGACGCACGCAAGGCGCUAGACCCGGAGGCAAGUGCUCGAAAUGCUCCAGAACGUAUGCAACAGCGAAGACGCUCAAGAAACAUAUCUAG